AUGUCGCAAUAUGGAGCCAACGACUACCAGGAGCAACAGCCCCAGAACAGCUUUGCCCCUCAUCCAAACCAGACUCAAAACCACUAUUCGACGGGGCAAUCUUCAUAUGGUCCCCCACCCUACACCGACUCGGAACAAGGUUAUACUCAGGGCGACCAAUACACACGACCCCAGCACUACUGUACCAACUCUGGCUACGACCAAAGAUACUAUGAAGCAGCUGCAAAUAUACCGCAAAGCCACGCCGCUCCACAGUCUAACUUUGCGCCAGAAGGAGCUAAUGCUUCAUAUUAUAAUGGAGAGCCAAUCUCAGACCCGAAAGAUCCUAACGGUGAAAAAGGCCUUGGGUCAACUGUUGUUGGUGGUGCAGCUGGUGGAUACAUGGGCCACAAGAUGGGUGGCGGCUGGAGCACCGCUGCAGGGGCCGCUGCAGGGGCUAUCGGCAUGAAUGUCUUGUCUCACAAGAUGAAACCCCAGCCUGUCCCCGCUCAGCAAGUUGUUGCCGUACCUCAACAGGUCCAGCCUUUCUAUCGGAUCGUCUUGGACGCCGCGGGGGACGCCGUUUGGGACGUCAAGGUGGACUCCUUGGGCUGUAACUAA